GAGCCGGCGGAGCGGGAGGAGGACGACGGAGGAGGAGGAGCGGUGCCGCGCCCCCGCCCGCCCGCCCGCCGGAGCACAGGCCGACCGCUCUAGCCGCAGCCGGCGGGUGCGGGCCGCCUCCCGCCGGAGCCCGGCGCCGGCACAGUCCGGGCCGAUGGGCAGCCCCGGGCAGCGGCGGGCGGCGAGGCGGCGGCCCCGGUAAGCGCCGCGGCGCGCUCGCGGGCUUAGCAGGUCCCGGCGGACUGCGUCUCCGAGGUUCUUGCUCCUGGUCGAGUGAGCUGGAGCCUCCCUUUCUCCCUGCUGAGGUUUGGAAAUUGAGAAGGUACAGAUACCGAAAGCACGGCGUCAUGAUGAAGCCCGACUUGUGGCGGAUGGCUGGGUGAAGGAACUACUCAAGGCCAGAUAUUUUAAGAAAUGCUCUUGAAAAGGACGGAGGUGUACAGAGUUAUUUCAGCAACUGAGAAGCAAGCUGGUUUUGGAGAAACCAUACGCUGAGGAUGUUGUUUGCUUUUGGUUGAAAAGAGAACGUACAACUAUAGAGGAAGCCUUUGUGCGUCUGGAUUUAGGAUCGCACUGUAAAUAGCAAUGUAAUUAGAUUCACCUCAGUCCUGCCGGUGGGCCUUGGAGCUUCUUGGCUCGGCAGACAUGAGUGACCCCAGGCAGUCGCAAGAAGAGAAGCACAAGCUUGGCAGAGCCUCUUCGAAGUUCAAGGAUCCUCCCAGAAUCAUGCAGUCUGAUGAGUAUUUUGCUCGAAAAUUUAAAGCCAUUAAUGGCAACAUGGGCCCCCCCACUUCUUUAAAUGCCUCAAAUUCCGCAGAGAGUGGAGGUCCUGCAAACGGUACCCCAGCUGUGCCCAAGAUGGGUGUGAGAGCAAGAGUGUGUGAGUGGCCUCCCAAGAAGGACUGCUCCAAGGAGCUAGCCUGCAAGGCGCUGUGGGAAAGCCGGUCUCAGGCCAGUUACGAAAGCGUCCCGUCCAUCACGCACAAUGGGCAGAAUGACCAGAGCGAUGGUCAGCGAGAGGAGCAGCUCGAUCUAGACUUUGUGGAGGCGAAGUACACCAUUGGAGACAUCUUUGUUCACUCUCCUCAAAGAGGACUGCACCCCAUAAGACAGAGAAGCAAUAGCGAUGUCACCAUUAGUGACAUCGACGCUGAAGACGUCUUAGACCAAAACGCAGUGAACCCCAACACCGGGGCCGCCCUCCACCGAGAGUAUGGAAGCACGUCUUCCAUUGACCGGCAAGGCUUAUCUGGUGAGAACUUCUUCGCAAUGCUCAGAGGGUACCGUGUAGAUAAUUACGACCACAAAGCAAUGGCCCCCUUUGGGUUCCCUGAGUUUUUCCCCUGCGAUCCUGCAAUCUCUCCCAGCCUCCAUGCGGCAGCGCAGAUUUCUAGAGGAGAAUUUGUCCGCAUCUCAGGAUUAGACUACAUGGACAGUGCCCUUCUCAUGGGCAGAGACAGGGACAAACCUUUCAAACGGAGGUUGAAGUCAGAAUCGGUAGAGACAUCCCUCUUCCGGAAGCUGCGGACUGUUAAAAGCGAACACGAAACUUUCAAGUUCACGUGCGAUCCAGAAGAUGGCCGUCUGGAGCGGGGCGUCCGCCCUUGGAAUUGCCAGCGGUGUUUUGCACAUUACGAUGUCCAGAGCAUUUUGUUCAAUAUCAACGAAGCCAUGGCGACGAGAGCCAACGUGGGGAAGCGGAAAAACAUCACCACCGGAGCCUCAGCGGCAUCCCAGACCCAGAUGCCAGCAGGCCAGACGGGCAACUGUGAGUCCCCUUUGGGGAGCAAGGAGGACCUCAACUCCAAGGAGAACCUGGAUGCUGAUGAGGGUGACGGGAAAAGCAACGAGCUCGUCCUGAGCUGCCCGUACUUCCGGAACGAGACCGGCGGGGAAGGCGACAGGAGGAUCGCCCUCUCCCGGGCCAGCUCGUCGUCAUCCAGCUCCGGGGAAGGCUGCUCCUUCGAGUCCUCUCUGAGCUCCCACUGCACCAACGCAGGCGUCUCUGUCCUGGAAGUGCCCAGAGAAAGCCAGCCCGUUCACAGGGAGAAGGUGAAGCGCUACAUCAUAGAGCACAUUGACCUCGGGGCCUACUAUUACCGCAAGUUCUUCUACGGGAAAGAGCACCAGAACUACUUUGGAAUAGAUGAAAACCUCGGCCCGGUGGCUGUCAGCAUCCGGAGGGAGAAGGUAGAAGACGCCAAGGAGAAAGAGGGGUCCCAGUUCAACUACCGGGUGGCCUUCAGGACAAGUGAGCUAACAACCCUGCGAGGAGCAAUUCUAGAAGACGCCAUACCUUCUACCGCCAGGCAUGGGACCGCGCGGGGACUACCUCUCAAAGAGGUUCUGGAGUACGUCAUCCCGGAGCUGAGCAUCCAGUGCCUGAGACAGGCUCCGAAUUCACCCAAGGUCUCGGAGCAGCUGCUCAAGCUGGAUGAACAAGGGCUGAGCUUUCAGCACAAGAUCGGAAUCCUUUAUUGCAAAGCAGGCCAGAGCACAGAGGAGGAGAUGUAUAACAAUGAGACGGCGGGACUAGCUUUUGAAGAAUUCCUUGAUCUUCUGGGCCAGCGAGUCCGACUGAAAGGAUUUUCCAAAUACCGAGCUCAGCUGGACAAUAAAACUGAUUCUACAGGAACUCACUCCCUCUAUACCACAUACAAAGACUACGAAGUCAUGUUCCACGUGUCCACCAUGCUACCCUACAUGCCCAACAACAGACAGCAGCUUCUGAGGAAAAGGCAUAUCGGAAAUGACAUUGUGACCAUUGUCUUCCAAGAGCCCGGAGCACUUCCUUUUACUCCGAGAAGCAUCCGAUCCCAUUUCCAGCACGUCUUUGUCAUCGUCAAAGUGCACAACCCGUGCACCGAGAACGUGUGUUACAGUGUUGGAGUUUCUAGAUCAAAAGAUGUGCCACCGUUUGGUCCACCAAUUCCCAAAGGAGUAACUUUUCCAAAGUCAGCUGUUUUUCGGGACUUCCUUUUAGCCAAAGUGAUCAAUGCAGAAAACGCAGCCCAUAAGUCAGAAAAGUUCCGAGCGAUGGCCACUCGAACGAGGCAAGAGUACUUGAAGGAUCUGGCGGAGAACUUUGUGACGACCGCUACUGUGGACACGUCUGUGAAAUUCAGCUUCAUUACACUGGGCGCAAAGAAAAAGGAGAAAGUGAAGCCAAGGAAGGAUGCCCAUUUGUUCAGCGUCGGAGCAAUCAUGUGGCACGUCAUAGCUCGGGACUUCGGCCAGUCUGCUGACAUCGAAUGUCUUCUUGGGAUUUCCAAUGAGUUCAUAAUGUUGAUUGAAAAGGACUCCAAGAACGUUGUAUUUAACUGUUCCUGCAGGGACGUCAUCGGGUGGACAUCGGGAUUAAUGAGCAUCAAAGUGUUCUACGAGCGGGGGGAAUGUAUUCUUCUGUCCUCCGUGGACAACUGUGCUGAAGACGUCAGGGAAAUCGUCCAGCGAUUAGGAAUAGUGACCCGAGGCUGCGAGACCGUGGAAAUGACCCUGAGGAGGAACGGGCUGGGCCAGCUUGGCUUCCACGUGAAUUUCGAAGGAAUCGUUGCAGACGUGGAACCUUUCGGCUUCGCCUGGAAGGCCGGCCUUCGCCAAGGGAGCCGCCUCGUGGAGAUCUGCAAGGUGGCCGUGGCCACUCUGACCCACGAGCAGAUGAUUGACCUGCUCCGGACCUCCGUGACCGUGAAGGUGGUCAUCAUCCAGCCCCACGACGAUGGCUCACCCCGGAGAGGGUGUUCCGAGCUCUGCCGGAUCCCCAUGGUGGAGUACAAAUUGGACAGCGAGGGUACCCCGUGCGAGUACAAGACGCCCUUCCGGAGGAACACCACGUGGCACCGCGUGCCCACCCCGGCCCUGCAGCCCCUGGCCCGGGCCUCCCCCGUGCCCGGCACGCCCGACCGACUGCCGUGCCAGCAGCUGCUCCAGCAGGCCCAGGCUGCCAUCCCUCGGAGCACCUCCUUCGACCGGAAGCUGCCGGAUGGCACCAGUCACCAUUUCAGAAGUUCGCCCAGCAACCAGUCAUCCUCCAGCGACCCCGGGCCUGGCAGCAGCGGACCCUGGAGACCACAAGCGGCGUAUGACGGAUGCCACUCUCCUCUGCUGCUCGAGCACCAGGGCGCGGGCCCUUUGGAGUGUGAAGGAGCCAGGGAGCGAGAGGACAGCCUGGACGGAAGCAGGCACCUGGAAACCAAAUGGCAUGGCCCGCCCUCCAAAGUCCUGAGUUCCUAUAAAGAAAGAGCCCUGCAGAAGGACGGCAGUUGCAAGGACUCUCCCAAUAAGCUCUCCCACAUUGGAGACAAAAGUUGCUCCAGUCACUCCAGCAGCAACACACUCUCCAGUAACACGUCCAGCAACAGCGAUGACAAGCACUUUGGGUCUGGGGACCUUAUGGACCCGGAGCUGCUGGGGCUGACCUACAUCAAGGGGGCCUCCACGGACAGCGGCAUCGACACGGCCCCCUGCAUGCCCGCCGCCGUCCUGGGCCCCGUGCACCUAGCGGGCAGCAGGUCAGUGAUCCACAGCCGGGCCGAGCAGUGGGCUGACUCCGCCGACAUCCCGGGGCCCGACGAUGAGCCGGCGAAGAUGUUCGCGGUGCACAGCUACGCGCCGGCCAUCUCGGCGGGCAGCGCGGCCGACGGCAGCAUGGGGGACCUCAGCGAGAUCUCGUCGCAUUCCAGUGGUUCACACCAUUCAGGAAGCCCCUCAGCUCACUGCUCUAAGAACAGUGGGUCUCUGGAUACAUCCAAAGUCUACAUCGUGUCUCACAGCAGCACCCAGCAGGUCCCCGGGUCCGUGUCCAAGCCCUACCACAGGCAAGGGUCAGUGAGCAAGUACGUCAUCGGCUGGAAGAAGUCGGAGGGCAGCCCGCCGCCUGAGGAACCCGAAGUGGCUGAGUGUCAGGGGCUGUAUGGCGAGAUGGAUCUCUUGUCCACAGCAGCUCAGCAGACCGUGGUGGGGGAGGCUGCUUCAGAAACGCAGCACGUGCUGUCCAAGGAAGACUUCCUGAAACUGAUGCUUCCUGACAGUCCCCUCGCGGAGGAGGGACGAAGAAAGUUUUCCUUCUACGGGAACCUGUCUCCGCGACGAUCGCUCCACCGCACGCUCUCAGACGAGAGCGUGUGCAGCAAUCGGAGGGGAUCUCCCUUCGGCAGUUCGCGGAGUUCAGUACUGGACCAGGCCCUGCCCAACGACAUUCUGUUCAGCACCACCCCGCCCUACCACAGCACGCUGCCCCCCCGGACCCACCCCGCGCCCAGCAUGGGGAGCCUAAGAAAUGAGUUCUGGUUCUCCGAUGGGUCCUUAUCGGAUAAGUCCAAGUGUGCGGAUCCUGGCCUGAUGCCCCUCCCAGACACGGCCACGGGCUUAGAUUGGUCCCACCUCGUGGACGCGGCACGGGCAUUCGAAGAUCUAUGAGAGAACACAAGCAGGAGCCAUAGGAGAGGGAGAAGCAGGCUCCCCACUGAGCAGGGAGGCCAAUGUGGAGCUCGAUCCCAGGACCCUGAGAUCAUGACCUGAGCUGAAAGCAGACACUUAACCGACUGAGCUACCCGUCCAUCCUCAGAGGAUUCUUUCCUGAUAGACACAAGAUAAGAAAAAUCCUAAGACAAUCUCAGUCAUUAAUCAUGAUGUUAAGCUUAGAUGAAAUUCAGGAGGAAAUUGAAAAGAUUAUCCAUUGUUAUUGGUGAGAGUUUAGCCAGUUUAAUAAAAGAAAAACUUCUAAUUAUAAAAAGUUAUAGUAGAUGAAAUAAUUAAAAGUUAUCAUAUCAAUUUCCUAAAAAGGGUAUAUCUAAUAGAAUUAGGACCUAUUUCUAAUAAAAAUUAAGAUUUGAGAGAUUCCUUUAAAACAUAACAAAAAAGAUAUACUUCAUUCCAAGUAGUUAUAUAAUCUUAAUGGAAAAUGGUUUAUCAGAAAAUACCUGCUGUGAAGAAGCUAAAGAGGGUCUUCUUUGAGAUCAUGUCCUUUCAUUCUGUAGUGAAGUACUGGACAUUUAUACCAACAAUGCAAAGAAGAAAGGAAUAAAUUUUGAAAUUAAAAAAAAAUAUUUGUACAUAUGCCUCUGUAUCUAGAAAAUAUGAAAGGUAAAAUAUUAUUCAGAUCAAGAGGACACUUGUGUUCAUGAGCCCUGAAAAAUGUAUAGAAAUGUUGAACUAUUAUAUUAUAUACCUGAAACUAACAUAACACUGUAUGUUCAUCACACUUGAACUAAAAAAAUAAAAUAGAACUUGAAGAAAGGAAUUAUCCAAGAUUAUAAAACAAAGUAACUAGGUGAGAUACUUUAAAAUCUUCUUCAUAUUUUUUAAGCCUUGUUUCAAAACAUUGUUGGUUUUUUUUUCAGUUAUCUAUUUCAGUAUAAAAACAACAACCCCAACAUUUAUUACUGGAAACAAGAAUGUCUUGGGAUCAUUUAUGUCUCAUGAUUCUGUGGGUUGGUUAGGUUCGGUUGGGUGGUUCUUCUGUUCCCUGUGGUUUCAGCUGGAGUCGCUCCAGCAGCUGUAUUCAGCUGGUGCUCACCUGGAACUGGGGACUUCACUCAUAUGUCCCACUGGGCUCUGGCUGAACCUCUCUCCUGCAGGGCGAUUUUACUUCUUCACGUGUGAAUCAGGGCAAUCAGGAGAGCAAAAGCAGAAGCUGCAUGAUGUCUUAGGGCCUCCUCAUCUUGGAAGACUCAGAACAUGAUGAUACCCCCACAUGCUGAAGUCUAGCCCACAUACCAGAGGUGGGAGUUAGGCUCCGCAUCUUGGUGUAACGGCUGCCAUGGACAUGUAACCAUGUUUGUGGACAGUCUCCCACCAGAACAGUAGCAAAGGGCAUUUAGCUGUAUCUGCAAGAUCAGAUUAUCCAUUCUUUGGAAAUUAAGCCAUCCUUACAGUUACAAUCCAAAAAACCAAAAGACAUUUCAGUAAGUGAAAAGCCCUAAUAUCUGUAAAGAUAAGAAUGGGUAGGAAACCUGUAAUAAAGAUGCCAAAUCAAUGAAUUUCCUGAAUGAGUUUGUAGAUUUCAUACAGUUUCAAUUCAGAUAUCUAAAGGAUAUAUUAGAGAGCUUAACUGCAUCCUGUGGGAAAGAGAUGAAAGGUAGCCCACCAAAAAAAAGUCUACUGUACAUCAAUAAUAAUUAAACAACAUAGUAGUGAUUCAAAAAAUAGAAAUUAAUCCUUUUAGAGAAAGAGGAAGAGCCCAGACCAAAAAUCUGAAUAAAAUUUAGAAUUAAAUGGGAAAGGAAUUUAUAUAUGCCACUUGGAUUUAGGAUUUAGAAAAGUCAAUUGUAGAAACAGCAAAAUAGGAUUACCAUCUUGGAAGCAAGGUAAUGCUUUCAUUAUUGGGUAAUGAGUAAACAUACGAAAUAUAAUGUGGACAGAUAAAAGUAUUUAAACACUUACAUUUUUAUGAACUUGAAAGAGAACAUUUAGAUAAACAGGGGAAUGUGGGGGAGGAUUUGUAGUAAACGUGAUGGGUAAAACCAGGCCAUCCCAAGUGCGUGGAAGGGCUUACCCAGUAAAAAACACCAAAUCCCUGAUUAAAAAAAAGAAAACCCGUGAAGGCAUAUGGACGCACAAUCCACAAAAGCAGAAUCACAAAAUAAGUAUUUGAAAAAUGUUCCAUCACACAUGUAAAUUCAAAAUGAUAAUGAGCUAGCAGCUCACACCUCGGGAAGAUGAGAAAUGGCCCCACGCUCUGGGAAGCAUUGAGGAGUUGUCACAGCUGGCAUCAUCGUAGAGAUAAAACGAUCUCUCUCCUUGUACAGUACGACCGUAUGCAAGUAGAGCCAAGAGGGGGACCCACCCUUGACCAGAAAUCUGUUCACUGGAGAUGGGCAGAUAACCAAACUCUGCGCAUCCGACCAAGUGUCAGAACACAGGCGUCUCCUCCAUAGGCCUGUGAGGGAGAAGAUUAAGUCGAGGAGAGGGACGGGUCUGUGACCCAGAUUCUGCUCUCCUGUAACAGUUAAGUUCAAAAAAUGGGCAGAGUCACAGUUCAAGUGUGUCUUGUUGUGUGCAGCCCUUUUGUUUCUUGGGGGUGAGCUGUGACCCUUCGUGCGUGAGAACUCUUUAGUGAUCUAUGUGAGAUAGUAAUCAUCGCUUAUCGGCCUGGCCAGCCCCAUUCCCUUUAUUAGGUGGAAUACUGAAAGGUGUGUGCGUGCCAAGGGAUGCAUAGGAUAGAGCCCAUCCCCCUCCAGGAUGGGCAGGGAACAAACCCAAUUGGAAAAGCUGGCUGUGGGUCCAGCGGUGAAGCAGGGGAAAGCAAGUGGAGUUUCCUCAAAAGGGCUCAUGUAUCAAAACAUCUCAGGUAGGCAGUGGGUCCUUGAACAUAAAGUUUUAAAUGCAAACGGGCUUUAAAAGGUUAAAUUACAAAUGAAUGAGGGGAGAGUCUGGGUUGCCGCAUCCCACAGCCAACAACAGGCCACCUUCUCCUCUCCUCUGGAUUCCAGCCCCAGGUUGGUGGUGACAGCUGCCGUCUUCCCACGGGCACACGGAGGUGUGCGUGUCCCAAGUGUCUGUGCACAGGAUAAGUGCAGAGUCAAAGCUCGAUUAUCAGGCCCCACUGUGGGAGUGAAAUAGUCCGCGGAAACGUAUUUCGCAAGAAAGUACAAGUUUAUAUUUUCAAUCUAUUAUGCUCCAUAUGCCCUUGGUUUUUAAACAGAGACUAAUAAGCCACAUUUUUUACAAAGAGCCCUGUUUACAGUUGUGAAGCAGGAGCUCAACCUUGAUAAAAUGGUUGAAGUUACUGGUCCUUGAACACGGACAGAGCUUGUGUGUGUGUGUGUGUUU